AUGGUUGAGUACCACCGAGGAAACCCACUGGAUUCCACAUGGAUGUUGGUGGAACAAAUGCUGGUGGUUGUGCCGUGCCGAGCAUCACUUUCGAUUUCUGCUCGAUCCAAGUCGGCUCGGAUUGUGCUCGCGGAUGGAUUGGGUGCCCCGUUUUUGGAGGAAUACGAUGAAGGUAGUCAAACGAUCGAUGAAUUGAUCAAAGUAUGGGGAAAUACGACAAAGAAAACGGGUGAAGCCUUGAGACAAAGUGAUCCGAGUGGACGUGCGGAGAAUGUGUGGAAA